UAUUUGAAUAAAAGAAAAAAAAAUAAAAGAGCAGGAAAAAGAGGAAAAUAUAUAUAUCAAAUAAUCGACGUUAUAAAUCCAAAAUCGAAUUGCAAGCAAUUACGCAAUGAGCUUCGAAGAAAAGUGAUAAUUGCAAAUGAUACUCCUUGAAGGGAAAUAACGCUUGCGUCGAAUCGCAAUUGGCGUAAAUUAGUUGGUCAAAUGAUGAGGUCAAAACAUUGCCGUUGUAUUGCAGAUUACAAUUUACGCUAAUGAGAUAAGCUGUUCGACGAAGUAAAGCAAGCAAACAGAUUAAUUGAAUAUAAAUUCUUAACGGUCCGUUAUAAAGCUGCAAUCAUGUUGGCGAAUAACUGGCAAAACGAUACUUUAUCGUCUAUAACAUUUAAUAUUACGACGAUGAUGCCUGAUAUAGUGACGAAAGCACCAAAGAGACACGUCACUUUCGCUUCGCAACUUGUACUGACCCUCGUCUACAUAACGGGUGUUAUCGGUAACGUGUCAGCUCUGAUUAUUCUUCUUCAUAAAGAUAAGAGACGGAACAGAAAACAUCUAUUAAUGUUACGUUGUUUAGCGACCAAUGACCUGAUGGCGCUAUUGGGGAUGUUGGUGCAGAUGUACGUAACAAUUUAUGUAGGCGGUAUUACGUCCACAAGAGCAUUUUGUUCCCUGCGGGUUGUCUGGCGACUUUUUGGUCUUUUCAGCGGGUGCGUUGCCAUCGUUAUGGCGGCAGAAAGAUGGUUGGCCUUGACUAGACCGUUCGUUUAUCAAAAGCAGGUGACGUAUCCGGUAAUUGUUCGUUGUAUGUUGGCGCUUUGGUUGGUUGCGCUAGGGAUGACUAGUCUUCCAGUUAUGGGCUUCGGAUUGUACUACAAAAAUGAACGAUGCGUUCGUUACAGAGAGGCUAUUGAGCCGGCCGACGUCGCUUACGCUUACGUAUGGUUCAUUCUCGGUACGCUCUUAUGUUUGUCCAUCGUUUGGUGUAAUUUGGCGGUUUUUAGAGCUUUGAGUAAAUUGAGCCAUCGAGCUAGCGCUCUAGGACGAAUCUCUAAAGCUUCGUCGAGAAUAAAACCACUGUUGACCAUAGCCGCUCCAAAUCGAUCAGAAGUCGUCGCUACGACCGAAGAAAGAGCAUUCGCAAGGCUGAUGGCUGUAUUAUCAAUAUCAUUUGUUAUAUGUUGGAUGCCACACAUGUUGUCUAUACCACUGGCUCAAGUCGCAAUGCAGUUACCUCCAACGGCAGUCAUUACACGGAAAUGCAUUCGCAUUUUUUACAUCAUAGCCGAUAUUCUUUUAUGCGUUCACUUUACGCUGGAUCCGUAUAUUUACGUGCUGCUGCGAAUACCACGGCCGAGAUUCCAAUUGCUGAAGCCGCUCUGCAAGAUCUGCUGGCCGGACCGGAGCCGUUCCAACUCGUUUACAGGAACGACGGAUCACCAAUGUAGUAGCGGUGGUCCGCCCACACCGAUCACCGAAGCUCCAUCGACACCUGUCAGCGAAGUGCACAAUUCGCAUUUAAUUGGAGGAUCCCUUUGAGAUCGGCCUAUGCGAAUGAUCUC